AUGGAAACGAAGAUAUCUAAAGAAAGGGUAGAAGGUUUGCAAGCUACUCUCGGUUUUGCUGGAUGUUUUGCUGUUGCAAGUUCAGGACUGAGUGGUGGUGUUGCUUUGUUUUGGUCAGCUGACGUGUUAGUCGACCUGAAAAAUUUCAGUUCCUGCCACAUAGACGUGUCGGUGAGGAGAAACGAUUGUAUUGAGGAUGAAUGGAGGUUUACGGGGUUCUAUGGAGCCCCCAGGGCUGAAGACCGCUGUCAUAGUUGGAGGUUUCUUCGGACCCUUUUUGCUUUAGAGCAUACGGCGUGGUUGUGUCUGGGAGAUUUUAAUGAAACUUUAUAUGCGUCAGAGCAUUUCUCGCGAGCGGCAAGGCCAGAGUGGCAGAUGAGAGCCUUUCGUGAAGUGAUCGAUGAGUGUUUGUUCCAGGAUCUUGGCUGGUCUGGGACAGAAUACACAUGGGAUAAUGGUCAGGCGGGUGAUGCUAAUGUCAAGGCUAGGCUUGACCGUGCCUUUGGCAAUGAGGCUUUCUUAUCAAAAUUCGAGAACACUAAAGUGCGGCAUGUUGUGACCACCGAAUCAGACCAUUGUGUCUUGCUGGUGGAGCUUCGGAGCAGCAUGGCUGAUAGGAAUGGGAGGAGUGGCAAACAGUUUCGCUAUGAGAAUGUUUGGCAGACUCACCCAGACUAUGACCGACUUGUACUUGAUAGCUGGAGGCGAGGUGCAGGUGCUGAUGGACUAGGUGGUGUAGUCCAGGCUCUCUCCACAAUGCAGAAUAAGUUGAGUACAUGGGGAGCAAAAGAAUUCGGGUGUUUGGCGCGCAAGGCUAGGAAGCUUCGUCAGAAGCUAAAUAAUCUCCGCAUCCGAUCUGUGGGUAGAGGACCAACGGAUGAAGAGAAGGCGAUAACUAAGAAAUUACGUGAAGUCCUACGUCAAGAAGAGAUUUGGAUGCGCCAGCGAUCCAGAGUCCAAUGGCUGCGAAAGGGAGAUCGCAACACAGCCUAUUUUCACUCCUGUGCAGCGCAGCGGAAGAGAACGAACAAGAUUGUAGAACUUGAACGAGUGGAUGGUACAAAAUGUAUGACUUGGGAGGAUAACUGUGAAGAGAUUCAAGGCUUUUAG